GAAAAAAAGAGAAGAACAUUAUCGCUCGCUAAAGAGAGUAGUGAGUAGUGACCCAACGUUUUUCUCGAUCCAGCGUUCGACACACAGCCACAGGAUGAACUCAUGCCACGCCUACGUGGCGAGAUCUGGAAGCCGUACGAGUUCUGGUGGGUCAGCAAGCGAGAAGAACCGGUCUAUCAGGUGCGGCUUAUGACUUGCCCAUGCCCGCUGCUUUCUCUUCUCCAACACCUACCGAUAGGUUCGGUAGCGCGGAGGGUCAAUGAUAAGGAAAAGAGCCAAAAGGGGUUUAACUGUUUAUUGUUUAAGCAAAAGCGGGUUUGGGUGGUUGGGUUUUUGGAGGGUUUUGGCUUGCAUACCGAGGGAGAGUUUGAGAGAGAGAGAAGGAGAGGGAAAGAGAGUUUCGUGUUCUUUUUGGGGUUUCUUUCUUUUAAAUUGUUUUCCUGCCUUGCUUUUCUGGAGAGGGAGAGCAGAAAAUGCUGGAGAAAUAGGUAGCGUUUCAAGCGACGAUUCUCCAGUGAGUGAUUGAGAGAGAGAAUUAUGGGUUAGGAAAUGAGAGAUGUUUCACUGUUGGGAGGGGAUAGAGAUAGAGCAAGUGUGUCGUGAGGUGUGCUUGUGUUUGUUGCAGAAAGAAGGGCAAUUCUUCUGUGCUGUUUUCUUUUUAUUUCUUGGUAUAACUGUAUUACGCAACCAAAGGUCCUGAAUUUCGAUCUGGGCUUGCAUUACGGUGAAGGAAUUCUUUCUGGGUUGCUAGCUAGCUGGUUCUUGUUGUUGGCUUCUGUUAACUUUUUGAUUGGUCGCUCUGCCGCACGACUUUGAUAAAUAAUUGGAUCUUGAAAUGCAUCUUUCUUGGCGUUUUCACUGAGAUAUGGUGUUGAAGAGGAGGUUAGACUAUGAAUUCAAUGGCUACGAGUUCCCCCCUGUACCCAGAGCUGCCAGAUCAGCUAGGAGGAGGGUUCCCUUCAAGAAGCGGUUUCAAGAGAAUCAGAUGUGCGCCUUUGACUUGUUGGCUGUGGUAGCUGGGAAGUUGUUGCUCGAGAAAGAUACUGCUCUUGAGUCUAGUAACAUAGAGCCUAUUGACGAGUCUGCUGUAAACAAGGUACGUGAAAUUGAGGGAAAAAAUUCGGAAGCAAAAGUUCACGAUCAAGGAAGUCCUGCUAGAAGCGUCUUUGUAUCUGAGCUUCUCCAUGUCGUUCCUGAGGAAGAUCAUUGUCAUAAAGAACCAUUGUGUUGUGAGAAUGAUAAUAAUGCAGGAUUGCUCUCUCCAGCUGCAACCUCUGGUUGCAAGGAGAAGUUCUAUGGCGAUAAGGUUGUAAAUAGAGAAAUUAAGAAUGCCAUAGGAACUUUUUCUCCUAGCAAGGUGGAGGUUGGUUUCUCAGGGAACAUUGAUGAUUCUAUUGACACUAAAGUAGAUGUGAAAGUUGAACAUGACCUAAAAGAUGAGUCGUAUAAGUCUGAGAAGCUGGAAAAUGAAACUGCUGGUGGUAUGUUCAGCUCAGACAGUACAUUAUGUGCAGAUCACAUUCCUCAUUGUUUUAAUCCUGCAAAUGAGGAUGUUGUAAAUAUAGUUAGUAGUAGAGAUGAUGACGAAAAUUCUUCAGGGUGUACUGAGCCUAGCACCAUGAAAAGGUUUUUUAGGCGGACUCCGCGUAUUGGAGACCGAAGAAUCAAGAAAAUUUUGGCUUCGAGAUGUUGGAAGGUAGCCUCAAGAUUGAAAGAUGCAAGCUUUUCAAACAGACAAGGCGAUUUGAAGCCCUUUUAUCAUACUGGGAAGAACUAUAAACUUGACAGAUCCGAAAGGCUAUAUCCUAUAAAAAAGAGGAGACGCUUCAGCUCUAGCUUACCAUCAAAUUCUGGUGGGAUGAUUUAUACUGAUUUAGCUCAGAAGGGCUGCAAUGGAGAUGGGUCUGCCAAUGGGUCUUUAGAGUCAUCCUCAAGUGCUGGGAAACAGGGUUCAUUCCAACCUAGAGAUUCUCAGGUGAAGCUUCGGAUAAAGUCGUUCAGGGUGCCUGAGCUUUUCAUUGAGAUCCCAGAGACUGCCACCAUUGGUUCGUUGAAGAGGACUGUGGUGGAUGCUUUCACAGCAAUACUUGGAGGCGGAGUGCGUGUUGGUGUUCUUCUUCAUGGAAGGAAGGUUAGGGAGGACCAUAAGACAUUAUUGCAGACUGGUAUUUCGCAUAGUAACCACUCUGAUGCUCUGGGUUUUAGUCUCGAGCCUAAUCCCUUGCGUAGCAAUGGUUCUGUGUGCUCUGGAGAUUUAAAUACUGCAGUUUCCUACCAGACACCACAGCCUCUUAGCAGGUAUCCACACACUCCAAGUACAGUCCAUCAGGGUACUGGUAAUGCUUCUCCCGAGCCUCAAACGGUCAUUCUGGGGAAUUUGGUUGAAAGUGACCAUGACUCUGCUCCUUCCCCUACAGACAACAUAAUUGCCGGAAUCAGUAGCGAUCUAAAAGAUAUGUUGGCGGUACCAGCUAUGAAUGCAGCGGCAGGUUCUUUAGCUGUGGUUUCAGCCAACCGGAAAUCCAAGCGAGCUGAGAUGGCUCAGCGCCGAAUUCGUCGACCUUUCUCUGUUUCUGAAGUUGAAGCAUUGGUACAAGCUGUUGAACAACUUGGAACUGGGAGAUGGCGUGAUGUCAAAGUGAGAGCUUUUGAUCAUGCAAAGCACCGAACUUACGUGGAUUUGAAGGCAAGUUUUCUCAUGCUUUUUGAUCCAUCUUUCAUCUCUUUCCAUCACAUUGCUUGUUCGUUGGAUACAAACUUGGGAAAUCUGGAAUCUGUCCGGAUUAAAAGCAAACCCAGAAGAAGAGGGAUGAGAAAUGAGGAUAAGUGGAAAACACUGGUCCAUACGGCAAGAAUAUCUCCACAACAAAGGAGGGGAGAGGCAGUACCCCAAGAACUGCUGGACAGGGUCCUAACUGCUCAUGCAUAUUGGUCCCACCAACAACAGCUCAAUCAGCAGCAACUCUCAGACUCUUGUACUUUUCCUGCUCCUCUGCUAGCUAUGCCUUAAAGACAGUGGAUUAGCUGCUGAAGACCCCAAUUCAGGUUAGCUGGUUUAUAAGGGAAUAUGUAAAGGCAAGGGAUGUGACAGUUGUGGGGAGGGUAUUUGGUAUUCUAGUAUUUGAUAUUUUGCAGUCAUUUCUCAUGGUUGAUUCUUUCCCUUGUUGGAUUGGUUUGACGAAUGUAAAUUGAUGACAUUAAGAAUGGGUAAAU